ACACGUAGGUACGUCCGGUCCGCGGCCCGUCGUCCGCAUUCGCGUUCCGAGUCGAAAGCACACGCGUUACCGUUGUCGUCGCCGCCGAUAAACGCGUGCCGUAUAGCCGUGCGUCCGCGGUAACGCAAUUUCGUCCCGGUUGUAAUUGUUAUAAAAUUGUCAUCGCGCGCUGCAGAACACGCGGAAAAACGGCGGAACCGUCGCGCAUUCGGAUUCUGUAUCCGCCGGCAACUAUGUCCGUUAGCGCCGUGCCGCGGUUACCGGCAUCGUCGCCGUCGCCGUCCUCGUCGUCGUCGUCACCGUCGCACAGCAGCAGCAGCAGCAGUCGCCAACAUUGACGGUACACGCGUAGUUUUCGUUCGACGCCACCGUUAUUUUCGAAGUGUUUUCGAACGGUUACAGGUAGAGGCAUAUUUCGUAUAAUAUUAUCAUACCGUACAAUAGAAACGAGCGACCGUAUUAAAAACAAACGCGCCAAUUAUGACAAUGCUAUCGUCCCAAAAACUGUUGUAUUCGGACACUGCGACCGCGGCGGCCGCGGCCGCGGCCGCAGCAGCCGCCGCCAACGCCAUGUACGGCGGAAACUCGUCGGCUACCGGCGGCGGCGGACCGUCUUCGACGCCGUCCCUGUGCUCGCCGCCUCCGCAUCAUCAGCAACAGCAACAGCAACAGCAGCAACAGCAACAGCAGCUCGUUUUCGGUAGCAGCGCGUCGGCCGCGGCCAACAUGCAACAGCAACUGUACGGCGGCAUGAACGCGUCCGCCGCCGCGGCCAUGUACGGCCUGAACGCUUCGGCCGCCGCCGUGGCCGCCGCGGCCGCGGCCGCCAGCGCCGGGGGAGAUCCGACCGGAGCCGCCAACGCCGCCGCCUUGCAGCGGGUCCGCGCCGACAAGACGUACCGCCGAAAUUACACGCACGCCAAACCGCCGUACUCGUACAUAUCGCUCAUCACGAUGGCCAUACAAAACUCGCCCGUCAAAAUGCUCACGCUCUCCGAGAUUUAUCAGUUCAUAAUGGACCUGUUUCCGUUCUACCGGCAAAACCAACAGCGGUGGCAAAACUCGAUCAGACACUCGCUAUCGUUCAACGACUGUUUCGUCAAAGUGCCCCGCACGCCCGACAAACCGGGUAAGGGCUCGUUUUGGACUCUGCACCCGGACUCGGGCAACAUGUUCGAGAACGGUUGUUAUCUGCGCCGGCAAAAGCGUUUUAAAGACGACAAAAAAGACGUCGCGUCGAUCCGGCAACACGGCGAUGGCGGUCAUCAUCAUCAGCACCACGGCGGCCAGAACCAUUCGAAGAGUUCGUCGCCCAUGUUGCACGGAGGCGGUGGAGGCGGCAGCCAACACCAGCUCACCGGUCAACACCAGUUCGGUAGCCAUCACCACCAGCAGCAUCACUUGGACAUGGUUCUAGACAAAAAAACGUCGUCGUCGGUGCCACCGUCGUCGGCGUCGUCUUCAUCCGUACUCGCCGCGGCGGCCGUGGACCAUCACCAUCAUCUCUUACAGCUCCAACACCACCACAACCAGAAGCUGAGCGCGAGCGGCGGAGGGCUCAUGUCAUCGGCCGCGGUCGCCGAUUUAGGAUUCAGCGGCGCCAUGCACCAGCAACAUCAACAGCACCAACAGCAACAGCAACACGGUAAACACCACGUGUUGUUGCACCACCAUCACACGCACGAACACCAAAACAAUCACAACAACGGAAACCAUCACGACAGUGAUCACGAUCACGUGCACCAUAUGCAUCACCACAUGCAACAGCACGGGGCCGGCGACGACGACUCGUCGUCUUCCAUGUUGGUGGGUUCGCUGUUGCAACACCAUACGCAACAACAACACCAACAGCAGCCCCAUCACCAGCAGCAACAGCACCACCAGCAACACAGUCCGGUAGACAUUUACACCGUGGCCGCGGCCGCGGCGCACCACAACCAUCAACAGCAACAACAGCACCAUCAGCAGCAACACCACAGCCAUCAACAGCAACUCCAACUGCAGCAACACUUGAAAUCUUCGGCGGCAGCGGCCGCGGCCGCGGCCGCCGCCGAAUUCGCCGCGUCCAACCAUCCGUUCUCCAUAACGCGGCUGUUACCUCCGCCGCCGGCCGCGUCCGUCACGGCCGCGGACAAACCCUCGCCGUCGGCCGCGGCCACCGCCUCGUCCACGUCCGCCGCGUCCGCCGCCGAGAAAAUGUACGAGAUGGCGGCCGCCUCGCAGUACGGCACCACGGCCGGAUACAACGACUACUAUCAUCCGCACGCUCACCCGCACCAUCCGCAUCACCACGGACACCCGCAUCACCAGCAGGCCCUAUACCACGCGGCCGCGGCCGCAGCCGCUGUCGCCACCGCCGCCGCAGCGUCCGGCGGGCCGCAUUCAACAGGGUCGUCCGUGUCGACCGCCGCCGCCGCCGGGUCGUCGUCACCUUUGUGACAUCACCACCAUCAUCAACAGCACCACCAGCACCAAUACCCGCCGCUCGUUUGAAAACGGCUCGCGGGACCGCCGGUGAACGCGAUGCAAUAACGCACACAAAACACACACAGACACACCAGACACACACACACACACACACACACACCCAGAGCUGAAACGCUGCUUUUCGGGCGGUAUAUAUUAUAUAUUAUUAUUAUUAUUAUUAUCUAUUAUUAUUUCAAUUAUAACUAUAUUAUAUCUAUCUAUUAUAAUAAUUAUAUUGAUAUUAUUCGGGUCGCUUAUGCGCAUGCGUAACGAAUGUGUAAUAAUUUUUUUUUUUUUGUUGUUUUUCAAGUAAUCUCUCGAGUACCUAUAUAUAUAUAUAUAUAUAUAUUAUAUUUAGGUACCGUCAUAUACCUAUAUAUUAUUAUACUUACGUGUUUGAUAUCGUAAUUUUUCGUUUUAGACUUAUAUUUACUAUUAUUAUUAUUAUUAUUAUUAUUAUUAUUAUUAUUAUUUUUAUAUACGUGUGUGUGAUGAUUUACAGGUAUAUAUUAUUAUAUUUAUACGAUAUACGAUGGUGAUAAUAAUAAUAAUAAUAAUAAUAAUAAUAAUAAUAAUAAUAUAUAACGAUAUAGUAAUGUGAUGUACGCGUUAAAAAAAAAAAAAAAAAAAUAGAAAAAAAAAAAAAAAAAAAAAAAAAAAAAAAAAAAAAAAAAAAUAAAAAAAAAAAUACAAAACGACUUUUGUACAAUUAAAUAUAUAUAAUAUAAUAUUAUUCGUGUAUAUAUGCAUAUUAUAUAUAUAUAUAAAUAGUUGUUUUAUUUUAAUUUUUAAUUUGAUUUAUUAAAAACGUACAAUUUGUUACAAUUAUUGUUAACAAUAACCUAUACGUGUAUAUCGUAAUAUAAUAAUAAUAACGCGACGCGCGAUGUGAACAACACGAGUGUUACGCGACUGUCCCGUAAGUAUAUUUAUAUACAUUAUAACAUAAUAUAAUUAUAUUACGAUUGAAUAUAAUUAUAUCAUAUUAUAAUUGUUUCGCGUUUUUUCUCGCCCCUAAAUAUCCACUCUCCUCGUGCAUUAUUUUUUACGCGUUUAUAUGUUGUACAGCUGGCAUAUGUUUAUGUGUUUAUUACAUUUGUAUAACAUUGUAAUUAUGACAAAUCGACGAUGUACACAAUAUAUAAACGCGUAUAUUUUAUUAUUUAUUUAUUUAAUGUUUAUAUGUACCUAAAAACGCGUAGCGGUCUUGUUAAUUAUCAAUGACACAAUAUAAAAUAAUACGAAUCCCGUAACUGUUCAUAUUGUACGCGCAGUGUAAUGCGACUAUAUAAUAAUACAUUUGUGAUGUGACUAUACCUAUAUAUAUAUAUAUACCUAUAUAUACCUAUAUAUACCUAUAUACCUAUAUAUAUAUAUAUAUUACGACCGUCAACGCCGCCGUUGUAAAAUAUUAUUCGUCGGUAAAUAAUAAAUAUUAUUAUCCAUUGUGUAGUGGUCUAAUAAAAAAUAAACUAUAUAUUUCUAGUAUAAAUAUAUCGUAUAUUUAUACUAUAAAAAUAAGUUCUUCGUAAUAAAAUGUAAUGCACAACAAUAACGAUCGUAUUGUGUUUAAAAAUAUAUUUAUUUUUUUUUUUUUUUCUUUUUCGUAACAACGCCGCCGCCGGAAAAGUAAUUAUUAAUGUAUACUUUGUAUUUUUUUUUCCAAAUCGUUUUUCGCCGAUGUAUAAUAUCAUCAUCGUUAUUAAUUUUUGUGACUCGCAUCGUCACGGCCGUAUCCUAUAUAUAUAUAUAUAUAUAUAUAUACAUAUGUAUACACACACACACACACACGUACACACACACACAUCAUAAUUCGCGCGUGUAUAUAAAACAAUAUCUUUUAUUUAUUAUUAUUAUUAUUAUUAUUAUUAUUAUUAUUUUUAUUAUUAUUAUUAUUAUUACGUUUUUAUUAUACAUAACGAU